GCUGCGGCGCACUCCGCCGCCCGCCCUAGCGUUUCACCGCCCGCCCUCACUAAACAUUUCUUCUAUACAAAUAAAUCAUUCAGCUGUAACCUUCCUUUGACACUUUUUGCAUUUUAUGGACGAAGUUAUUAAAUGCAGACAUUUUUUAAUACAGUGAUUUGGAAAUCUUGGAAGGAACGAGAAAAGAAAACAAGAUAAUAGAAUUUGUUUUUCCGGAAUAGAAUAAACUGGAAGCUAUCAAUUCAUUAUUAAAUUUACGUGUCUUUUAUAACUUUUAUUAAGAGUAGUGAAUGAAACGCUGCGGCAUUAACUUACGUAAAUGAUAUCACCAGUUACAAAAAAAAUAUGCAAACGUUUGAUGAAAGUGGAGUUUAUCGGAGGUCUGUGCUCUCGAAGUGAAGAGGGUCACCUCUCGAGCCGAGCACCCUAGCCGCCGUCCAAUUACAGACGUGGAUAUUUCAGACAAGGGCUAUUCCGAUAGCCACUGCCAUAUCUCCGAUAGUACGCUAUCUGUCUGACAACGGUAACCGUUGUAGUAAGAAGAGAGGAUAUUUUUGUUGAACCUGUGCCAAACUAAUUAAGUUAUUCUAUGAUGCAGCUGUAGAUAAUAUUCCAAACGUAAAUAAGCUUGAGAAAAAAAACAAAGGUAAGAACAAAGAUGGCUUACGCUAAAAUACUAGAGAUGCAUUUAGUGCGAGCGAUGUUGAUGAUGUCACUAGUGGGCCUGUGCGUGCCGGCGUCGACGAAUGCUCCCGCGGUCGUCAUGAAAACCCUUACUUAUUCAAGCUCUACAACUCCCCAAACGCCGGUUCCCACUGAGCCCUCAAGUGUAAAGCUAUUAGCGAAAAAUGCAACAUCUUCAACUCCGUUGCCGACUACAAAGGAAAACGCUGGCACAACAAAGAGAGCGUAUAUAAGCACUGAGAGUGCAGCGACAGCGACUGCGAGCUAUUUCAAGAAAUACCCGAGUUCAAAGGGCCAAGUGAAAAGCGCAAGCCGGGGCAAGUCGAACACGAGCGGAGGCGUCGCGGCGGCGGCGGCGGCGGCGGCCAGGCCCGCGCAGCGCCCCGGGGACGUAGAUUGCGAUCUGCCCGUGCUCCCGAGGGACUCCAGACUGUGGAGAGGAAAUGAAACGCACGAACUGAGGCUCCCCGUCACAGUGGCGGAGGAGUGCGGCGGCGGGGGCGGGGGCGCGGGGGACGAGGAGUGUCCCCCCGCCGUGGUGUCCUGGGAGGGGGCCGCGGACAUCCAGAGCGGGGACAUCCUCAUCGUGCGCAUCGCCGACGCCCUGCUGCAGCAGCUCGGCCGCGACUCCACCAACAAAACCAUGGAGGCCAAUGUCACACACGCCGACGGUGAAAGGAUGCACCACUCGCCACCGCAGCCGGCAGUGUACCAGGUGACGCGGCUGGGCCACGAGCACUGCGACGUGACGGACGGCAUGCUGUUGGACAUCACGCCGCUGCACGACGCCGCCGCCAAGGUCAUCACCCUGUACGACAAGGACUUCAAUGAGGGCGUCAACUUGUUCAUAGUUGUAUCCGAGAGCUGGGGGUCGCAGUGUGUGCGGCUGAAGGUAACUGUGAAGUCGGACAACUGCGGGGACUCUCAGGACUGCUCCGGGAAGGGAGUCUGCUACACAAAUGUGUCUAUGGAAGGUUACGAGUGCGAGUGCUGCGCGGGAGCGUCCGGGCCGCACUGCGAGGAGCGCGCGGCGUGCGAGCCCUCGCCCUGCCUCAACAACGGCAUCUGCGUCGACCUCACCCAGCCGCUCAACGGAGCCAACUACCACUGCCUGUGCCCUUACGGGUUCACUGGAAGAAAGUGCGAGAAGGACCCCUGCUCGUCGGGGCCCUGCGUGAACGGGGGCUCGUGCAUGAGCAUGGCCAUGAACGGGUCGACGACGUUCCACUGCGCAUGCGCGGAGGGAUGGACGGGCGCGCACUGCCAGCUGCCGGCGCGCGGCGGCGCCUGCGCAGACAACCCCUGCGUCAACGGCAUCUGUGUUGAGCAGCUAGAUGCUGAUGUGAUUGGACCGCCGUAUCGCUGCUUCUGUCGCCCAGGCUACACCGGCGACCUCUGCGAGCUGGAGUACAACGAGUGCGAGUCGUCGCCGUGCGCCAACGGGGGCACUUGCACGGACCGCGUGGGAGGGUUCGCCUGUGCGUGCGGCCGCGGAUACACCGGACAGACCUGCCAACUGAAGGUGGACCUGUGCAGUCCGAGCCCGUGCCCCGAGCACCGCCUGUGCGUGGACCGCGGCAACCGCGUGGCCUGCGAGUGUCCGCGCGGGUUCGCCGGCGAGGAGUGCACCGUGCCCACCAGACCUGUACGUGCGUGCGACAACAACCCGUGCGCGCACGGCGGCACGUGCUGGAACGGCGUGGACUCCUUCUACUGCUCCUGCCGCCCCGGCUACACCGGGAAACUGUGUGAAGAAGACUUCAUCCUGGAGACGGUGGUGGGCGGCCCGCCCGCCCCGCACGGCAGCGGGUCGGUGCGCGAGCUGCACCUGCCGCUGGGGCUCUACCACGACCGCCUGCACAACGUGUACAUCGCAGUAGGCACCCUCGGAGCCGCGGUCUUUAUUGUUGGGGUUGUUGUGACAGCGUGCCACUGCCGCGUGAACAAGACCUACGCUCGCCUGCUGUCCCGCCUGGCGCGCGCGACAGAGGCCGGGCCCCCGCACCACUGGCUGCAGGACAAGCGAGCCCCCCCGCACCACGCCGCCUUCCCCCCCGCCGCCGCCCUCGACACCACCGACAUGUACUACACCCUCGACUUCAGCGACAGCCAGAGCUCCCCGCUCAUACAAUAGCAAUCACAGCUCUUGGACUGCCCCGAGGGAGAGCGGUUCAAAAUACAGUUCUGAAGAAUGUCGGGUCGAGUUAAAAAGCCUGAUGUAAUGAGCCAAAAGUAAGUCUGUAAGUAUGAUAUAGUCAAUAUCCUGCCUUUACUACGCUUAGUCCGCGAACCGUAAGAUUGUGAAACGAUAAAAUUAUAGAGAUGUUGCUCAGUUUUGGGUAGACAGUUUUAGUUUGAAAAUGUAACCAAAAGCAAUAAAAUAGAGCUGUAAUAAAGAGUUCAAAUUAAGCCAAGAUUAGCAGAUUAGUUAAGGAACUACUUACUAUCCCUUAUUGUAUCUAUGCUCUAAAUCUAGCUUCUGAGUAUGAAAGAAAAUGCAGUAGCAGAUUUGUAAACAUGAGUAUUUCUAGAGUCCUAACCUCAGUUGCGGAAAAGCCUUUCCAAAUUAACCAUCGGUAAAUAAAUUGAGCUAUAAAAAUAGAAAAUUUGUAGCAUAUCUAUUAGUUAUGUACGUCGUACGAUGCUUUAAUUUAAAUUUUUCGAAAUACAAAAUACAGUUUUAUUACGUACGUACAACUUAGUGCUCAAUGUUUCCUUCAUACCUAAUUGUACCUCUUGAUAAUUUUGUAAUUUCGGAAAUAGUUUUUUUUUUAGUUUUUCUCUAAAUACUCAUAUACCUGCGUAUGUCCAUGAAAAUGUGCUUACAAUACAUGUGAUAGUUAGUUUUUUUUAAAUCUUUAAUGGUCUUUAAUGCAAGUGAACUGCUUUUAGUGGUACUGUUUACUUUUCUUGCCGUUAAUCAUUUUAGUAUAAUUUAUUAUUUCAUAACAUUUUCCUUCCUAAAAUUCAUUAAAUAUUUACACUAAAGUGCCUGCUUAUACGCAAUAAAUAAGCCACCAGUUAAACGAGAUACAGCUAAACAUUUGUGAGUAAUUUGAUAACGUAAAUAUUUAGUCAUUAAUGGAUAUCUUCAGUAAGUACUUUGAACCUUACUCAAGUUUGUAAUCAUUAGUUUUAUUAAUGUUUUAUCGUUAACUUGCGUUUGAAUUGAAUAGAUAAAUGUUUUAAUCUUACCUAUUUACAUACUCUAGGUACUAAACUAAGUCUAGACUAGAACGUAUAUUUUAACUCCUUGUUAUUUUACUUAAAUAGUUCAAUUUUAUUCAGCUUCUUGUGAACUUUUAGCUUCUAUGUGUAAAUAAAUGUUAAAUUGUUGAAGAAAUGAUUUUAUUUAAC